AUGGCUUCGACCAAUCAGUCCAGUGAAGGCUCUGCCGUGGUGCAUCAGCAGAUGUUUAAGGUGGAACUGAAUGAAGGUCCGCUGUCUAAACUUGUUGUGGCCAUUCUCAUGUCCCUGCUUUUCAUCUGCAUCAACAGUAUCAUGUUUCACACUCUCAUGAGUAAGCCUGUGUUUAGAGAGCUGCCUCGCUAUAUCCUCUUUGCCCACAUGCUCUGCAAUGACACAGUUCAAUUGUGGAUUGUAUCACUGCUCUAUAUUUUGUCUUUAAAUGUGCAGAAGAUUCCUAAAGCUGUUUGUUCACUGUUCGUUGUCAUAUCUGCAACUACAGCCCGUGUUUCUGUUUUAAACCUUGGUUUGAUGUCUCUUGAGCGGUAUGUGGCAAUUUGUUUCCCUUUACGCCACAGCGAGAUGGCAACACAGAAAAUGACAGGUUUAUCGAUUGCCAUAAUCUGGGUUUUAGGCUGCAUAAGUCCUGCGAUAGAUAUCUUAUAUGCAAUGAUAGUGAGUCCCACAUCUUUUAAAGACUCCAUGUUCUGUACUCGAGAGAGGUUUAUUUUCGCACCAUGGCAGAGAGAUGUGUUUGAAGGGCUCAAUGGGUUUUUCUUUGUGGCUGUGACAGCCAUUAUUGUCUUCACGUAUAUCAGUGUUAUAGUGGCAGCUCGAUCUGCCUCAGCAGAUAAAGAGUCUGCUAAGAAAGCUCAGAGAACAGUCCUACUGCACCUUGGUCAGUUAGUACUUUGUCUCAACAGUUUGUUGUUUGGAACUAUAGAGAGAGCCCUGGCUAUGGCCAGCAGCAGCAGUCGUCUAUUCAUGGACCUGCGCUACGUGAACUUUCUCUUUGUUCUCAUUCUGCCUCGGUGCCUGAGCCCCCUGAUCUACGGUCUGAGAGACAAUGCUGUUCGGCCCUUAUUCCUCUACUAUGUCAGGUGUGGAACCCAAAAGGUUAAACCCUCUGUAACGGCACACUAG